AUGCUCGACCUCUUGAUCUACGUGGGCGCCGCCCUCAUCGUCAUCCCCUGCAUCUACACCUACACGGCCUCGGUCAUACAGAUGCGCGUGCCCCGCCUGCAGAACAAGCGCAUUUGCCUCCUCAUCGCGCACCCGGACGACGAGGCCAUGUUCUUUGCGCCAACCGUCCUCGCGCUCACGAAGCCCGAUACAGGGAACCAUGUCAAGGUUCUGUGCCUUAGCUCAGGUGACGCUGCUGGGCUGGGAGAAACUAGGAAGAAGGAGCUCGUCAAGAGUGCCAUGGCGCUCGGUGUGCGCCAAGAGGAUGACGUCUGGGUCGUUGACAGGCCCGACUUCCCCGACUCUAUGACGACCACCUGGGAUGCCGGCAAGAUUUCCGCCCUCCUCUCCGAAGCCUUUGUCCCACCCAACAUGCGCGGCUCCUCCUCCAAGGAGGCCCCCACCGCAGCCAUCGACGUCCUCGUCACCUUUGACGCGGGGUCUGGCUGGUCCUGCCCGGUCGACCUGUACGUCCUCUCCUCGGUCUCGGUCUUUCGCAAAUACUUGUCUAUCCUCGACAUCUUCACUACCCUUCUCACUUGGACCUUUGCCGCGGGCUUCGCGGGCGGCAAGGCCAAGAGGGGCGGCUCUGACAAGAAGCAGCAGCAGCCCAGGCCCGAGGCCCUGUUGUUCGUGAACCAGCUCGUCGGCGGUGGUGCGCUCGGCGCCGCUUGGGGUGCCAUGACUGACGCCCACCAGAGCCAGAUGGUCUGGUUCCGCUGGUUGUGGAUCCUGUUCAGCCGAUACAUGGUCAUCAACGAUCUCAGGCGAGAGACUGUGAAAUAA